AUGGCAUGCCAUGACAUCGAACUCCGGCUCGGAAGUCGAGAUGUUAUCGAACUUCCCAUGUCAAACGCCCUCUUCAACUCAGCCUUGCGGCAAUCGACCUCGAUACGGAAAGACUUGGAUCAAUUUGCCGAUUCAGCCUCGCCCUCUCCACACCUGCAGGCCCAGCUCAACGCCUCCCUUGCAACAUUCGCGCGCACCAUCGACGACUAUGGCAAGCUUGCGAGACAAGAACCGGUGCAGACAAAGGCGGAAAAGGCGCAGGAGAGAUUGAAGAAUUUCAGGGCAGAGCUGGAUGAAUACCGUACUAGCUUCAAGCGCAUAAAGAGCGCAAACGAGGACAUUCAAACCACACAAGCCCGCACCGAACUUCUAGGCCGCCGCCCUCACAAUACAGCCACGCCCGAGAAUCCCUAUGCACAGCACAACCUGGCUGCCCAGCACUCAGCCUUUGCCCCCUCCCAACCCUACGACCCCAAUGCCCCCUACCGACCCAACCCAUACUCGGCAGGCGCCCCAUCAGGCGGCCAAUAUGAUCGCGAAGGCCAUCUCUUGCGCGAAAACACAUUUUUCAACAAAACCUCGGAGCAACUCGACGAGUUCCUCGACAGGGGAAGAGCCGUGCUCGGCGAUCUUGGCCAUCAGAGGGAUAUGCUCAAGGGCACCCAGAGAAGGCUAUACACAGUUGCCAAUACCCUCGGCAUCAGCGGAGACACGAUACGCAUGGUCGAGAGGCGAGCAAAACAGGACAAGUGGAUUUUCUGGGGUGGCGUCGUCGUCUUUUUCCUCUUCUGCUGGCUCGUCAUACACUAUCUACGCUAAUGUCAAUUGACUUGGUUUCCUUUUGCAUCAGUUUCGGCGUAUUCAAUUGAGUCAGCAAGGCGUCCGGCGCAUUCAACACAUUGAGGGGUCACGAGCAUCUUUUUGCGUGGCAGGACAUCAUUGGUCUAAGGUGCUAUCAUGCGUUCCUUUACCGUGUCUAGGUUUGCCAAUAGAUUCCACCGCAAUUGGCACAAAAAAUCCAAUCAUUCA